GGGGGACCCGGCAGUGUGGGUCCGACCGUACCAUUAAGCAGCUGGGCGGGGGUGAGGGAGUUAGAGGGGCGUAGGGCGCCAUUGGGCACCACGCUCCGAGGACAUGAAAAUGGCGGCCUUAGGGUCGCCGGCACGCACUUUACGAGGCCUUCUACGGGAGUUGCGCUACAUGAACGCGGCCACUGGCCGACCCUAUCGCGACACUGCAGCCUAUAGGUACCUCGUGAAGGCUUUCCGUGCGCAUCGGGUUACCAGUGAGAAGUUGUGCAGAGCCCAACAUGAGCUUCAUUUCCAAGCUGCCACCUAUCUCUGCCUCCUACGCAGCAUUCGAGAACAUGUGACCCUUCAUCAGGAAUUUCAUGGCAAGGGUGAGCGCUCAGUGGAGGAGUCUGCUGGCUUGGUGGGUCUCAAGUUGCCCCAGCAACCUGGAGGGAAGGGCUGGGAGCCAUGAGAAUGGAGAGAUUCCUUGGAUGCUGCCUUCAUACAAGAACUUAAUCAUUUCUAUGUAUUUAUCAUUAAAUUUGUUUCUAAGUGUA